AUGAGCUCUGGCUCCGCCCAGGAUGUGGCGGUGGAGCAUUUCUUGCGUGACAUAGAGAGGCGGGGCAAGCGGCUACAUUGUGCUGUGAUUGGCUGCGAGGAGCAGCGUCCCUGUGGCGACAUGAACCUGCUGUAUCGUAAGAGCCGGCUGGACUGGAGGCACAAGGACCAGGAAGGCAAUAAGAAGAGGUGAGGAGGGGUGAACUGAUCUUAACUCACAACAGCAUGCUGGACUGGAGAGAUGGAAUGAGAUUAUUCAGUUCAGAUGAGUUGUAAGUCUCUGAGCUGAAGUGGAAGAGUUUUAUCGUUCAUAUUUAAUGUGCAACCUCUGAAUUGUCAUCCUAAGGGGAGUGGGGGCAUGUUGAAAGGAAGUAGAGAAACAAGAGAAGAGAGGAACAGAAGAUGAGAAGAGGAGCUUUAUUGCCUUCUUUAUAGGGACAAUGUGGCCCAUUGGUGCCUAUGUAGAUUAUGGCAAGCACACACACACUUACACACCCGCAGGCACACACACACACACACACACACACACACACACACACACACACACACACACACACACACACAGAGCUCUGCUCUUGGCUUUUCUUCACAUAAUGCAAUGAGACAGAAAACAGUUGCAUCUCUGUUCUCCAUGAUGAACAGGCUCAGUGCUGUUUUCGCUGCCUGCGCUAGCUUCCCCCCUCUCAAUAGGAAGGUGUACGCUCACAUUGUCUCCCUGCUGGUUCACUGCUUCAUAAGAGAUGAUGGCAGAAUUAAGGACAAGACUACUCAUUGUGACCUAUAAACAAGGCAUGCAUUUAGAUGUGUGUAGUUUGUUACGUUUUAUCGCUCUUGCUUCCUCUACCUCAAACAAACAUGGUAACACUCAGGGACCACUCACAUGCAAUAACCUCCUAAAUGAGGCCUUUGAUUGCAUGCUCGGAAGCAAAACAUAUCCUCCUCUCCUCACAUACGAAGAGACCCAGUUUACUUCUUUCUUUCUUUCUUUCUUUCUUUCUUUCUUUCUUUCUUUCUUUCUUUCUUUCUUUCUUUCUUUCUUUCUUUCUUUCUUUCUUUCUUUCUUUCUUUCUUUCUUUCUUUCUUUCUUUCUUUCUUUCUUUCUUUCUUUCUCUCUCUCUAAUUUCUCUCUCUCUCUCUCUCUCUCUCUCUCUAAUUUCUCUCUCUCUCUCUCUCUUUCUCUCUCUCUUUCUCUCUUUCUCUCUCACAAACACACACACACACCAGACACACACAAUGUGUGCACCCACACACUCACUUCCCACUCUUUCCCAGCAGGGAAACAAAAGGUGGUCGUUGCCUCCAGCUCCAUUCCUCCAGUCCUGCUAGGGAUGUCAGAUCUGACCCAUUCCUCCCCUCUUUCCUUCCUCACCAUGGCUACCUCUCCCCUCCUUCCCUCUCGGAAUCGUCUUGGAAUUGGAGAGACAGGUUGAAAUGGACAUGAUGCGUAGUUGAUACACUAAGUAGAGGCUUUUUAUAUACUGUGCUAUACAGCCAAUAAUUUCCUUCUAGGUGGUUGUAGUGAAGAACGGUUUCAUUUCAGGUCUUUUCAUGGUAAUUGCUGUGCACAGUGUUUUCCUACUGACUUCAGCCACUGUUGUGAAGGCUGAGUCACCUCUAUAAAGGUUAAUUUACAGAGCUAAACCGUAUAUUCUAUAUGUAAUAACUCCAGAUUUGGACCAUGUCCGCUGCAGCUCCCCAUCCUAUGUUAUUGCCCAUUAAGGUACACUGUAUGGAUUCUACUCAAAUUGAAUCAAUCAUUAGCUUGAUUGGUGAGAUAUUGAUUAUGGUUUCACCUAUUAGGAAACCAAAGACGUUCUGAAUCUGUGGCAUUCCUGCAUGAUGUUAGUUUGGAUGAGGUCAUGAUGACCUUCAAAAGAUGUUCAGUGAUUAUCCAUGUGACGUUUUUGAAGUAAAAUUGGCUUUAGAGAGCAAUUAAGAAUUUAGUUGUCUGUUUAAUCAAAGGAACAGUACAGUAGUUCAUACAUUAAACUGCGAUUUAUUUACUUUUCAUCAAGUAAACUCCAGUUUAGAUUUUUAUGCUGCACUGCCACACCUUUCUUCAGGCACUAAAUUGCCCCCCACAUAUUAUAUGUUUUAAGGGUGCUUUUUCUUUUGUGUGCUUGUUUGCAGUAUGUUUAGUACAUUGGCAAGCGAUACCAUGUGCAUUUUCACGGGUUUUAAGACAAACCACUAAACAAAUAAAUAGGCAAACCAGUUGCCAUGGAAACAGAUAAAAUACUUGGCAGAGGUCAUGAUGAGUGUAGUGAAGGGACAAUGUAAUAAAACAGAUAAAGAAUUAGUUAGAGAAACCCAGUAACACAGUGACGUACAUACAGGAAGAUUAUAGUCAGAAAGGAGCAGCUAGAUUUGGGAGGGUUGGGUUUUAGGGGAAGUCAUUUCCUAAUUGAAUGUGUUUGUGAGCUAAGGGCGCAGAUGUGGGGGGAUAGAAAUGGAAGGAUAGAAGAGUUCUGAAGAGGGAGGGGCCUCCCCUACACCCCAUGCAGAUACCGGCAUGCACAGCUGCUGCACUGCCUCGCCCAAUCUCUCAUCACUCACUCUCCAUCGGGAAACUACGCUCCUUGUGCCAUCCAUGCAUGAGGAGCAGUGUGUGUGUGUGUGUGUUUGUCUAUGUGUUUGUGUGUUUAUGUAUGUGUGUGUGUGUGUGUGUUAGUGAGAGAGAGGCAGAGGAGUAGAGGGAGCCGUAGGACUGCAAAUGAAAUUGACUGUAAGCUAUGUAGAGACCAUUUUUGAACAGAAAAAGAAAAAAGGAGAGAGGCAGAAAAGGGGAGGGGCAUCACAAUGGAAAAUAAAUUCACGUCCUUCACUGAGACGUGAUUAACUGCUGAAUGAGAGAAUGUUGUUCUUCCUGUGUUGUUCAGCUCCAGCCAGAAGGACCCCUCCUCAGCCACGGUGGGCAAGGUCCGUGACCUGGCAUCAUUCCGGCGCCACUUCCGCAUGGGCUUCAUGACCAUGCCUGCCUCCCAGGACCUGUCCCCUCACUCCUGUGCCUCCGCCAUGGCUCCCCGCUCCCAGUCCUGCCAUGCCGUGGGCGCUGGAGACACAAGUCUGGAGAAUGGGGAAGAUUACUCUGACACCCAGUCGCAGCACGGUGGGCGCUGUCCCCCAGCUAAACCCAAACGCCAUCCCAGCACCCGCCUCAGCUCCUCCUCGGACCCCAGAGCACCUCACGCCCCACCGGACGCCCCUCCGCCACCCCCGCCUACUCACCCGCAGGCUAAACACUCAGAGAAGAAGAACGGUAGGCUAUGGCAACAGUUGAAAAUGGAAACAUUGAAGGCUAUGGAAACAUUGAAGCAAUGAAUAGGCUAUGGAAACAUUGAAAAUGUGUGUUAUUAUUAUUGUCCUUGUUGUAAUUAUCUCUCAUUCAUUGCUGUCUCUCUUUCCCCUGCAGCCAUGAAGAAGUCUGACUCAGGGGACAUGUCCAAAAAGGUGCCGCCUUUGAAGCCCAAACGAAGCCCCAGCACUCAGCUCUCGUUUGAGCCCCCAACUCCCCGCGAGCUCCCUCCUGCCACGCCCCUGCCCUUCCAGGGGGGUGAGGGUCAGCCUCAGGGGGAGGAAGGGGACGAUGAGCCCGUCUACAUAGAGAUGGUGGGCCAAGUGUUCACCAGGGAGAUCCAAACUGCCACCCCUCACCCUGUCACGCCCGUUGCCACCACACCUGAUUCAGACUCAGACCAGAGCGAGGCCAUCUAUGAGGAGAUGAAGUACCCGCUGCCAGAGGACAGAGAGGGACACAAACGCCUCCCUCUCAAACACGAGAGACUCAAAUCCUCCAAACACCACCACUCCUCCUCUGGCACCUCCGCCCCUCUACCUCGCCCCUCCUCCUCCUCCCCCUCCUGCUCAAAACCUAAAGCCACAGUGUCUGUCUCUCACUCCUCGCCCCUCCCCUCCUCCACCUCCUCCACCCCUGUCCCCCAGCCCCUCUCCUCCAGCCCGCACCCCCCACGAGCCCCUACGCCCUACCUCCUCCAGGGGAACAAAUCAGAGACCGAGUCCAACAGUAAGAUCCCAGCUCCCUUCCCCAACCUGCUGCAGCACCGACCCCCGCUGCUCGCCUUCCCCCAGCCUGCUGCUGCCUCCAGUGGGGUCGGGGUCCAACACAAGGCUGCUGCUGUUGCCAAACUGGGGACCAUCAGCAUCCAGACCUCCUCCAGUAUGACAGCUCCGACUAGCACUUCCUCCUCCACCACCCCCUCCUCCAACCUCCCCUUGCCCCUGUCAGGCUCUAAGGAGUCUAAGGACAGAGACAGAGACAGCCAGCUCGGCCCUGCACCGGGGCUAAGGGCCAGGAGCCACUCCACACCCCUGCCCCCUUCCUCCAAGUCCACCUCCCCCUAUUCCCACCACCACCACCCCCACCCCCACCACCGCCCCUCACACUACCACCACUACCGCAAGCCAGAGAGAGGAGACUCGCCCAACCCCAACACCAACAACAAGAAUGGCUCAGAGACCUUCUCCAAGUCCUCUGCCCAGACCCAGACACAGGGCUCGGGCAAGGAGGGGAAGUCUGUGAGCUUCUGCUUGAAGUUAGACAAAGGAGAGAGGGACAGGGACAGGGAGAGGGACAGAGAUGGUCACAGGGACAGUCACAGAGACAGAGACAGGGACAGUGACAGAGAGAGACACAGGGAGAGAGACAGAGAAGCAGGGUUCCACUCUACCUCCUCUCAGGCUGAGAAAACCACCAACAACCUUUCAUCCCAGACUAGUGCCAGUUCAGCCCCAAACCCGUCCUCCUCUUCCUCCCACUCUCGCCCUCACUCUCGCUCCCAACUCCACCGCUCCCACACCCCCCACGGCCUGCCCGUCUACAAGCCCCCCUCCUCAGACAGCCCCCUGCUCUGGACCUACCCCUCGGUGGGCUUCCGGAGACCCCCGGCGUACGACAGCCUGCGAGGAGGGUCUCAUCUGCCCUCCUUGCACCACCAGGGUCACGGUGAUGUGGCCUCCAAAAGCAGCACGGUGCCUGGGCCCGUCCAGGGGAAGGCUGGGUUCAUGCCCUGGGACAACAGUGGCUUUGGAGACGACGGGUCUAACAUGCCCAUGCAGAGGAAACUGUCCUUCAGCCACGGCAGCAGAGAGACAGGGAGAGAGAGUAAGUUUAUAUGUGCUGGAUGGCAUCAUGGGUUUGAAUUGAGUAUUGAAAUGAAUCAGAAGUUCCUCAGAUCCCUGGGGAAGGGAUAAUCAGACUAUUAGACUGUAGCUAAGUGACAUCUGUCACUACACUAUACUUUGUCAAUAGACGAUUAUUCCAUGUUUACUCAACAAUUCCGUCUGUCAUUCCCCUCUCAGAGGAUGAAGGGCGGGCGUGGAAUGGCAGUGCCGAUACCCUCCUGAGGAUGGACAAGGAGGAGCUGGGCCCCGGGCAUCGAGGAGGAGGAGGCCACUCUGGGAUCCCAGUACGCUUCACUGGAGGGAGGGGGCUGGGCCACAGUGAGUCCCUGGCCGGGAUGGAAGAGGGGCCCUUGGGGUUCCGAGCCCUGCCUAGAGGGGGUCUUCCCCUCCCCUGCCAAACCUUCCCAGCCUGCCGCAAUGGAGGUAAGCACUAAGACACCCAGCACAGAAUCCUUCACCCAGAAUCUUUUAAAGGAAAGGGGUCUAAAGUAUGUCAAGGAUUUCACUAGAACCCAAAAAUCUCAAGCCAAGCGCUUUAGAAAAGAGACCACAUCAGCAGAUUUAUCUGAAGAUCCUAUUACCUGAAUUUCUUAAAUCCACGCUCACAUCAUCAUUGUGUUAUGGUUUAAGAUCACAAGUGGCAGCGUAGUGGAAACGAUGGUAUGUAGUACCAGAGCCAUAUAUAUAUAUAUAUAUACACACAUACUCAGGCACAUAAUACCUCCCCCCACAUGUAUGCAUGGUUGUACAUAGACACAUAAAAUAAUACACUCCAUUCUAUACGCACAGCCAUUCUCCCUGACAACAUGAACAGCACAUUUGAUUUGUGAGUGUAGACAGCUGUAUGAACAGUGCUUGUUUUUUCUGUGUUCCAGAACUGGGUCGACUGAGCCGCUCAUCAUCCACCUCUGGGGUGAGACAGGUGGGUGGAAGCGACGUUCAGCGGCAGAGCAGCCUGCCCCACCGAGAGGUACUGAGUCAGGUGAAUAAUACCUAUUAUUAUAAUGACGAUGAUCUUUGGUAUUACUGUGAUUACUAUCAUUUGUACAAGUAGUAGUAUUGGAAUUAUUCUGAAGAAUAUGGCCAUUGUUGUUAUUCCCUGUGCUGAUAGCAACAACCCUCCUCCUGAGCUAUUUAUAGCAUGGAGAUAUGUUCGCUGAGCAGAAUAAGGUUGUGCCUUAAAGAAUAAGUCCCGGGGAGAGCGAUGCUCUAAUUGACGUAUGCAGAGAUGCGUAGAUGUAAGGAGUAUGCUUCUCUACAGUGUUUUGGAGCAGUGAGCCGCUGUCCAAUAGCGUUGCGUUUUGCCCAGUCACUUGGCUGCAUCUCAAAUGCUGACGCAGUUCAAGUGUGCUGUGUUGUGCUGCAGAGACUGUUUGCGUGUGCUGCGUAACCCUCCCUUGCACGCCACAGGCUCGAAGAUGGUGUCACACUGCCGCCUGGUGGCAUGUUUGGGUGCAACACAUUUGGGGGCCCUAAACGAGAUUUGGUUGGGGGUCCCCCCCACCUCGUGGGCAAAACAUUUUACUCGUCCCCGUCCUGACGGCGGAGAGAAAACAUUUGGUUUGCAAUUCUACACAUUUUGCCAUGGGGCAGAGAUAAUAUUUUUCAAUUUUCAAACACAUUUCAUGCAAUUCUACUAAUUUUUACAUGACUUAUGCCAUGUUAAUAUGAUAUCUGAGUGAGAGUGACUAACAAAAUCAAUGGGGGCCCCCUGGAGGUCAGGGGCCCUGGGCACAUGCCCUGCAUGCCCGAUUGGUAUUUGACCAUGAUUACUACAAGUUUAGAUAGCUGGCUAGACUUAACCUUUUACUGCAUUGGCUAUAUCAGAGUCACACAGAGUGUUCUUGGUAGUCUUAAACAAAUCUACUUUGAAACAAAAGUAUACACCUCACACACAAAAAUAAGGCACCUGUAUCAUGUCAGAUAUAGAGUUGAAAUGUAUUCAAUUUUGAGUUUGCAUCCCAAUAUUACACUUUAUAUACAUCACAGAAGACUGAAAUAUAACAAAGCCAUUUGACAUAGAAACACCUGAUUUUCUACUUUUUUUUCAAAUAAUGUUCAUUAAUUAUUAAAUUAUAAAGAAUGUGAAUAACAUUCCACCCAUGAGGCCACUAGAGGGCGAUUUGGUCAUUUGACUGCAGGAAAGGGCUACCUUACCAAUCAAAAAAUUGUUAGCUGACAUGGUUAAUUGAGUGACUGUCAGUGACUGACACAACAAGUGACAAACUGCUGAUUUACAACCAAAUUUAGAAAUUGCACCUUGUGUAUUUUACUAUUCUAUCUUUCAACAGUAACGUUUUUGUUGGUCGGGGCCCCUGUUUUUGGAAAUUGAUCUGCGGGUUUACAAAAGGGGGGCCCCGCCAGUUGCCCAUCCCUGGUUUACAGGGAUACAACAGAGAUGCAGUAUUCAUGCAUACCCCACAUUAGAUUUUAGGUAAAAACUCCCGAAAUCAUGCAUCUUCCUUUAACUCCCCUCCUUUCUCCCUCCCUGCCUCUCUCUCUGUCCAGUUGCAUGGGCUGUCCCACUCCUCCCAGACGCCCUGCAGUCCUAUCCUGUCCAGACAGCAGCAGCAGCUCCAGCUCCACCAGCAGCAGCUGCAGUUACAACAACAGCUCCAGCAGCUGCAGCAGCAGCACCACCUUCAGCUGCAGUUCCAGCACCUGGCCCAGCUGGCCCAGGGACAGCCUCCCACCCCUGGGGGUGCCGCCGCGUCCGCAGCCCAGACCCAGAGGGACGGCAAGCUGUUGGAGGUCAUUGAGAGGAAGCGCUGCCUGUGCAAAGAGAUCAAGGCCCACCGGCGCCCAGAAAAGAAUCUGUGUAAGCAGGACAGCAUGCCCAUCCUGCCCAGCUGGAGACGGACCCCUGAGCCCCGGAAGACGGGCACACCCCCCUGCCAGAGGCCCCAGGCCGUGGUGUGGGACACAGCCAUCUGA